ACGUGGCAGUCAGAGAGCGGUGCACUGCUGCUGAGGCUGGAGCGGCUCUUCUCCCGCAACAAUUCACUCAUACAACCCGACAUCCUGCUCUUCUGCAGGAUAUACUGUGGCAGGGACACCUUUUAUACUAUCAGACUAGCUGUGACGGUCGGUUUAAAACGUUUGAAACAUGUUUACCUUGUCGGAGCUGGUUGUCUUGCUGGCCGUCCUUUCUGCCACUGCGUCCGGCUACUUCGUUAGCAUAGACGCCCACGCCGAGGAGUGCUUCUACGAGCGGGUCAACUCCGGCACCAAAAUGGGCCUCAUGUUUGAGGUUGCCGAAGGAGGCUUCCUGGACAUCGAUGUUGAGAUAACAGGGCCUGAUGGCAAGCAGAUUUACAAAGGCGACAGAGAGUCCAGUGGCAAGUACUCGGUGGCAGCACACAUGGACGGGACCUACAAGUUCUGCUUCAGCAACAAGAUGUCAACCAUGACACCCAAGAUCGUCAUGUUCACCAUUGAUAUUGGAGAGGCACCCAAAGGCCAAGACAUGGAGACAGAAGGUGGUGACAGCUGGGAUGCCCACCAAAACAAGCUGGAGGAGAUGAUCAACGAGCUGGCAGUUGCUAUGACAGCCGUAAAGCAUGAGCAGGAGUACAUGGAGGUGCGAGAGAGGAUACACAGAGCAAUCAACGACAACACAAACAGCAGAGUGGUGCUGUGGUCGUUCUUCGAAGCUCUGGUUCUGGUGGCGAUGACGCUUGGACAGAUUUACUACCUGAAGAGAUUUUUCGAAGUACGGCGAGUGGUGUAGUGCGAUUAAAUGAUCCCUCUGUGUCCUCCACUGUUUUCUCCAACGCCAAGACAGUUAUUUACACUCUGGAAAUGAGACUGGCAGUUUGAGUAAAGACCAGAUAUGAUUGGAUCCCAGAUGUUUUGUUGUCCUGUUACCUGUUUGGCUCCUUCUUUAUAAAUGUAAUAAUUGUAUGUUUGGAACAAAUGGCAGAAAGGUUCUGGGAUAGAUGUGAAUUUCCAUUAGGGUUUUUUCUUUUUUUUUUUCUUCUUUGUUUAAGAUUUUUUUUUUGUCCAAUAUUGUUUGAUACUCACGCUUAAGUACCAAUCACUCACCAGUACAGUUUAGCCCGUAUGAAUGAGUGUGUGAGGCUCAUACAUUUAAGUAAAGGCAGUCAUAAGAAAAAGACUUAGAAAUGCACAUCAUGGAUCUGCAUGUGUGGAGUCACCACAGGAGAAUGUAAGAUUUGAGUGUGACAUUUUCAAAAGAAAAAAAUGGCAAAAAUGAAAACAGAUUCCAUUCGCUUAUCGUCUGAGAUGCAGGGGGCUUAGUUUCCAAAGUCUAAGCCAAGACAGACAAUGUAUUAAUGCUCUCAAACAACAAAUGCACUCCCGACGACUACGUCUAAAUAAUCUGAAGGACUUACACUGCAGCUGGUCUUUAAGGGAAACUGUCCAGCUUCUUGCUCUGUCUGUUGAUUCAUAGCGAUCCAUGCCACAGGGGGCUUCAGUGGACAUCUUUCACAGGGAAACGACUUGACUCCCUACGUAGUUCAGAAAAUGGCAACAGCCUAGUGGGUUUUUGGCUUGAGAGUUCACAAGUUGAUUUCAUUUUCAGACAUUUAAACUUCAAAUCUUUUACUAAGCGGCCAGAGCUGAGACAGGGUUGGAUUUUAACUGAACUACUUGGGGUGCAACUCCAAAGCAAAGUGUAGAGGAAUACUGAAAUACAUGUUACAUGUUGAUUGAGGCUGGCUGGGUGGGUGGGGGGAGGGGGUCUGACACCUAAUGACUGCUUUGUGCUUUAGUUGCUUCCACUAUAGUUGGUUUGUUGGGGUUUGGGAUUUUAAAUUAUACGAUUGUAUACAAUUUUGAAUUGUUUGUUUUUCUGGAGCAUAUCCAGUGACGUGCGAUUGUUUGGAUGAUGCAUUUCGAAUGAUUUACCCGUUUUCUGUUCCUGUACAAGGUAAAAACAUCAGUGCAGGGCAGUAGCUUCACAUCUAGCACACAGCUACAGCAUCAAAGCGUUGCAUGUCACUGAAUAUGCUCUGGUUUUGUAUUAAAAACAAUCUUUGGUGAGCUCAGGCAGGAAAACUGCUCUGUACACAGUCUCUCCUUUUUGUGAUUUCAACAAACUCUGAUAAAUGGAUCUGUACAAAUGUAGAAUGGUUGUCUGUGGAAAAUGUCCCAGGUUUCAUAAUAAAGCCAAUAUUCUGUACAAUUA